UCACAGCAGUCACAGAUUUGGUGGUUCUGCUAAGUUCUGAAUGUUCUGUUUUGGGAAUUGCAAGUGGAAGUGAACAAGUUCCGCGAUUUAUUUUGAUCGGGACUAGACCUAACUGUGUCAAAAUUCUUGAGCAAAUAUAAAUUUAGAUUGCAGUUGUUAUGUCUAUGGUAUUUUAAUGUUUUUAUUUUGGUCCUAAAUGCAUUGUUAAAGUUUAAUUUUACAGUUAGGUAAUUGUUGGAAAAUGAAAAAAAUGUAAUUUUGAACACUCCAUAUAAGGCCUAGUCUCUCCACAAAGCUAGCCUACUUCUUGAACUUUGAUUUAUGUAAAUUUUAUUCAGCAGUGGUUUAGGCGUGAAUGAUUAAUGACAAAAUGGAUAUGUUUAUUGGUAUCCUGAAAGCAAUCUUUUUUGGUUUGGUAGACAGUUUAAAAGGAACAAUCGUUAUAUUUUACCUUGACAAAAAAAUCAAACAGCAAGCAAAUCAACGGUCACCUUUCAAGGAUGUGAAAAAUGAUGGAACACCCAAAAGAAGAUCAUCAAAUUUACAGACAAUGAAGAAGCAGGAAGAACCUAAGAUCCUGCAACGUACAUUGCAGUGCUGUCUACUCAAUGGUGGUGUAUUCUGGUUUUCUCUGGUGCUGUUUGAAUACGUGUUGUUGCCGACGCUGCGCCAAGUAUUGUACAUGGUGUUCGGCCCCAGUUCAGCCACGGGUAGAGCCGUUUGGUCAUGGAUGGAACCGUUCCUUCAUUUGACAUUUAGCACUUUUUGGGUACUUCCGAUCUUUCUGCUCAGCAAAGUGGUCAACGCACUGUGGUUUCAGGACAUAGCUGACUCAGCGUACAGGCACACUCGUGGAACACCUCAGCAGUUCUCUAGUAUUAGUAAGCUGGUUGCUGAUACACUCUUCAGUGUCCUCGUACAGUUCCUCUUCCUGGCACAGACUAUGCUGGUAGGUUUGCUGCCUAUCCCAGUGCUUGCUGAAGCUCUCAGUCUUGUACACAUGUGUCUACUUUACUCUCUGUACUCGUUUGAGUACAAGUGGUUCAACAUGGGCUGGGAGCUGCAUCGUAGACUCACCUACAUUGAGAACAACUGGCCGUACUUCAUUGGGUUUGGUCUGCCAUUGGCUGUACUCACUGGAUACCAUCCUAGCUACAUCAUCAGCGGCUGCAUAUUCUCCAUUCUGUUUCCACUUUUUAUCAUUAGCGGCAAUGAAGCAGAUCCUGUCACGAAUGUUUGCGACACAAGACUGAAGCUAUUUUCACCUGUGAUCACAAUCUCCAACGCUUUGUUCAAUCGCACCAUUGGAACUAGAGCUGUUAUCAGAUGAUUCUGUCAUUGUACUUAACUACGCUUGUGUCUUUCAUCAAGAAUCAUAAUGCAAGUGAAGUAUCAAAGUUUACUACCACAUCUGAUUUCAUCUAUUUACACUUUACAGAAUGAUAAAUGCGCAAAAGCAACUUAGUUUUAUUGAUUUUGUUUUGUAAUUAUAAAGUUGGUAUAGUUUG